AUGUUCGACUAUUACACAUAUUCCGAGGAAAGCAACACGGAACGCUACCCAGUACAAUCAUCUUUCACGGCCCUGCACUGGGCCGCCUUCUUCGGCAAUGAAGAAUUGGCCAAACUGCUGAUCGCGAGAGGCGCAGAUGUCAACGCCAGAGCCGAUAUGGGAUAUCGUUACUACCUGUGGGACGACACUGAAGAAUGGGUCGAAGAACCUCUGGAUAGCAGCAAUCCACAGAUGAUCAUGUUCUGCCACUCCAACAAGGAAAGCGAUGAUAGCAGAAGGUCUGGGUACUUCGGCAAACGAGACACUAUUCACAUUGGGGCAAACCCCCUCUUCUUUGCUCUCAAGGCAGACACAACUUCUGCAAACUACCUGAGGUGGCUCAUACAGGUUGAUGAUCCCUACGACGAUCAGAAAAGUGUUCUUAAUGGAAACGAGUCUGAUAAACGGUCCUCAAUGGCGGAAUUACUAAUCAGGCAUGGUUCAUCUCUGCUCACACGAGAGUACGGAGCGAUCCAUGCCUUACAUCAGGCUACUGCGUACGGCAACGAAGCUAUGAUCAAGCUUCUCAUUGAUGAGAUAUGGGUCUGCCCGAAUACCAGAGACGAGGACGGUAAUACACCCCUCCACUAUCUGGCAAGAGGAGAUGUUUCUUGUUCUAUGGGCCGGACGACCCUGAAACUGCUACUGGACCGAGGAGCAGACCCAACACUGCAGAAUUCUGAUGGCCUGACACCUCAGUAUCAGCAUAAGUGGCGACUCAAUGGAUAG